GCGCGCCCCUCACUGCGUGGUCUCUUGUGUUCACUUCAGAAGCGCUUUUUACGUCCAGCCGUGAGACAGCUGCCGUGCCGUGUGUGUUUGCAGUGUGUGUGUGCUUUGUUAUGCACUGGUUACGUGUCUGACGUGCUCUACUGGAAUAUCUCGUCGGUUGCCGUUCUGGUGGAAAUGUCGCGGUUUGUUCAACAAGUGGCUUCUGCCAAACGAUGUUAUUCGAGUGAUUGUAUUCGGUGAAUGCGAGUUGUAGUCGCGUAUGCUAGUUGUACGCUGCCUAAUUGUAUUCAUCGAGAACCGGUCGACAGGAUGCCCCGUGUGCCAAGCGGGCCGGUUUGUGAGAUUCACAUCUGAGUGAGUGAGUGCGAGCAAGAGGUCCCACGAUGUCGUCUUGGAAAAGAAAGAUGCGCGUAAAGUGGAAUAGGAACUUGGACGGAUCAGCCAAUAACAGCGAAGGAGUGUUUGAACGCCAGGGUUCGCUUCGAAAGCCAAAGGAUAUUCAUAGGGAGGAACCGUUUAAAAGAAGUUGGUCAUUCCGAUUGGGAAACGGCAAGGAUUCCAAGGAUAGUUCUCCAGUAGGACAAGUCGAGAAGGAUGUCGAGAAACAUAACGUGUUGCUGCGGCUGUUUCGGUUCAAGGACAAGAAAAGAGGAUCUGUCACAGAAGGAAAGGCAUCCGGGAAUAACAGGAGGUCUUCAGUGCCUUCUGGAUUACCCGUCCCGAGGAGGAGAAUGUCCGACGUUACGGCAUUCGUCGAAGAGAAAGACAAACGGCUUCUCAACCCCGAUCUGUCACAGUGGGCUUCAGUACCCGUUGACGUCAAUGGUGCGGUUCCUCCCGUUCAGGAACCACAGCCAGAACUAAGCCAGUGGGGUUCUGUACCGGCUGGAAUGGUGACCGGAGAUGAGGAGGCCGGCUCGAUGAGAUCCCAUACUCUCCCACGAGGAUUGCCGGGUGUCCGAUCCUCACCGAUGCUCGUUGACGCAGAAGGAAGAGCCAGAGUUGAUACAAGAGACGACGAGUCGACUCUCGGCACCAUCAGUUGUGCGCCGGGAGAGGUUACCUUGUCGGAGAAUUGCAAGAAGAACAAAACAAGUGAGAAAGUCGUGGAAAUUUUUGAAGGGAAGACUGAGGAUGAAUCGCGCGCUGGGUCUGACGAAGCCCCGAAGCUGCCGCGGCCCGACUUUUUCGGGUUGGGUAAAGUAAAAGAAGACAGGAAUGCUGAGGGCUCUCGCAAGAAAUUGGUAGUUAAUGGAGAGGAUAGUCAUGAGAAGCUUUUAAAUGGUCGUGAAGUCGAUCAAUGCGUGCUCCGUAACGUCAAGAAAGAGCAGAGGACUGCGGAUAAGGUCUUGGAGGUACUAGAUAACCGGAAGGUUUUGGAAGCCGGUGACGUGAAAAUUGGGGCACACGACAACGGAAACGCCGACGAAAACAGUAGUGGAUACGAGAAAGUAUUCGCGAAAGCUGUUGUACCUCAUUUCAUCCAGUGUGACAACGGAUAUAAACGAAACAGAGACGGCAACGCAAACUUCAAAGUCCUCCGUCUCAACGGCAACCUGCUGGAAGACACGUGCGAGUUCGAGGACACCUUACGCGAGAAGGUCCUCGUGAACGGCAUUGGAAAACCGCGGGAGACAGCUCCAUCGGCAACAGCAACAACAACAACAACGACUCUGAACGGCAACCACGAAGAUGUUUCUACAACUUACGACAUGUGCGAAGAGACCGAACCCACUGGCGGCCUUGAAGGCGGAAGUCCCAACGACCAAAAUAAGACUCCGCGCAUUCCUGCGGCUUCGCCCACUGUGCAAGAUAAGGAGGCUCAAAUUAACGCAGUGGGAGAAACUUCGUGCGCGGGUGGACGCGCAACAUUGGGCCAAGAGUUUGAUGAGCUGGACGGUUAUGAGGAAGAUAGCGUCUUCGAGUCGAUCCAGCUGGAUGAUGAGUCGGUCGGUGGAGAUGAGGACUUCAGCGAUGACGUUAGUGCACUGGAUCUUAACAGGACGUACGUGUUGGAGCCGGAUGAGUCGGUGGAACUGCUCAAUGAUGUUGAGGAGAGUUUGAUCGAAGAACUGAGAGGUGCAAGGGAAACCUUCGGCGAUGAUGAAAGCGUACAUAAUGGCGACGGUUCGCGGUCAGUUGAGUGUGAGGACACCGACAGGCCCAACUUCGUACCAUUCUGUGAGGACGAAUCGGAGCGGUUUGUAGGUAGCGCUGAAACAAAGAGAGAUCACCGUUCUUGCAACGUUACUAAUAUCUUCAUCGAUUCGGCUGGCCCAAUCUCCUACGCCGGCAUUUUUCCGAAGGAUGAUGCGAGUCAAGACGACGACUUCGUGACCUACGUUCAAGUCGAUCCUCCCGCUCAAACUCUUGCAGCACAGACCAUGGAAGUCUUCGGCGAGGUAUUCACGGAAAGCGAGCAAGCUGAACCGUUUGAAGCUAAAGAAGAAAAUCCAACCGAGCGUAUCGCUAUGAGCAUGUGCAACGACGAAGAUACUUUAGGUUCGCUCAAGCCAUUGCAGCAGCUCUGCGAUAGCGAAGCGGUCGAAGAAUCAAACGGAGCAGAUCAGCAGUCAUCGAGCACAGGGUCCGAGUCUAGCAGUCGGUCUGGAUCUGUACCAACAGAAAUCGAGGUACGUUGCGAUCAGGAAAGCAGCUCCCCAGACAUGAGUGACUCUGCGCUCGAAAGUCCGACAGCAUCGCGCAAGAACGAGCCGGUUGAAAGCCAACCGGCGGAUCCUCUUGUUGAAAAAAAUACCGAUGGCACUGACAGCCAGCUUGAAGAAAAAUCAUCCCAUGCUCCUGGCGCUCUACAGGAUGCUGUCGGUGCCAGUGCCAGUGAAGCAAAAGACAGCGGACAUCCCACUGGUUUAAUUGAAGACGAUUUCUCAGCGCCAUGCGAAGAAGCUUCCUUCAGGGAGAAGCUAUAUUUCUUCGAUACCAUCAGCAGCCCCUUAAAGACGCAGCCAGACAUCUCCAGGCUCGCAAAGACCUCCAGAAUCCCCACGCCUUCGAGACUUCCACGACCGUCGACGAAAACCAGACAAGACACUCCCGCACCUCCCAAGCGCGCGCGUGCCGAGAGGCCUGUACCGAAAACGACUUCAAAGUUCGAAAGCGGCGACCUUGUUCCCACGAAGCAAUCCACGAAAGUGUCAAAAACAGACGCGACGCCGCUUAUCGUGGCUCGACCUGACCUCAGGGCAAACGAGCGGGUCGCAUCGCUGCGAGGCACGAAAGGAUCAGUGCCGAACGGCGCACCCGAAAUUAGCACACAGCAACGACACGAAACGCCUAAAGUCAGCAGGACUGAUCCGAAGAGAGCGAGCAUAACGACGAAGAAGCUACCUUCGAAACUGGCUUCUAAGGUAGCCGAGAGCAAGAAAGAAAACAAGCUGCCGAAAACGAAAGUUCCUCUUUCGAAUAAGGAAAAUCUGGUUGCCGUCGAUAAAGAGUCCGAGGACGCCCCUCAGAUGACAGUGGAGCAGCAUAAUGUGGACGUGCCCACUCCUGGUUGCUUGGUGCGGUCAAGGACUUUUACACGCGAUGACGAUGAAGAAACUGAUGUAGCUACCGGUGAAGCAGAUACUGUAGAUUCGGGAGCCAUGAAGCAGGAAACCGCAACGAACUGCUGCGAUAGUUCUGUGGCACAUGAGGAACCUACUGUUGUGAUUGAAGGGUCUCAUGAUGGUCAAACGACAGAAGCCGAUGAGACUUCUGCGAAGCAGAAGCUGCUCGAUACGACUAACAAUACGGCUGUGAUCGUAAAGAAUGACGAGGCUAACGAAGAGCAACGAGGUGAGAGGUUGAAGUCAAGUGUGCCGGAGCGUCAGGAAGUAAGACCCGAAACUGGGACAAGCAGCGAUGCUGCACACAUGCCUUCCUCCCCGAAUGACGCCAAACAUGUUCGGGACUUGGUAGCUGCCAUCAUGGACUCCGUGCAAGUUCCUGUGGUAGAUUCUACGAGUAACUUCGACGAGGAUUACGCCGGCGACGACACAUUCCAAUUCAAGAAACCGAGCUCGACCCUGAAGCUUCCUCAGGGGGUUUCAACUAGAGGAAAAGCUGGUGGAGAUACCCGUGUAGGACAUCCUCUCACAAAAGCAGAGUUCACAAAAGAGAUUCAACGGCUGGGUGCACUAUGCGAAGCACGGACCAAGGAAGCCAACUUCCUCAAGCUGCAGCUGAAGCACGCGUCAGCUGGUUUUGCUGCAUUUGGCGUACUGCUCAGACAUCUAACUGAGCAGCACGACGUUUUCUCUGUGCCACAUUUGACUGAGGAGCUCCAGAAGUCGAGGCAAGAGAUCGACAGGGCCCGUGCUGCAAUCGAGCAAUACAAGGCUGACAUUGAGGAACUAAAGCAGAAGCAGCUAGGAGAGAUAGAGGCUAUGAAAGAAAAAAUAUUGCAGAAGCACGCCACACAACUCGAAGAAUUGGAAGCUGCUCACAAGAAUGAGAUUGCCACCUACAUAGAAUCGCACACCAAAAAGACUGAAGAGUUGAAGUCCCUUUAUUCGAGCAUCAUUGAAGAGGACCGGAAGAGUCGUGAUGAGGCCAUUGACGCACUGAAGGAGAAGCACAAAGAGAAGAUCGAAGCCAUUAACGAGGAAUACACCAUACAACUGGAUGCAAUCAAUGAUGAACACGCUGCUGAGCAGGCACAGCUGGAGGCUAAGCAUACAGCACUCAUGGACCAGUAUCGAGCACUUCAAGAGCAGGCCAGGGAGUUUCAGAGCUCUGUGCUGCUCGACACCGAUGCCAAGAUACAGUGGCUUUCCAAGAAAAAUGCAGAUUUGCAGAAGGAGGUCGAGAGCCUCAACGUUGUCUUGGAAAUGAGAGCUGAGCAGAUUCAGGCCCUGCAACGUAGCAAGCUGGAGAUGGAACGCAAGGAAGAGGAACUUGAGCGAUGCAAAGACAGAAUACAGAAGCUCGAAGCCCGCAACGAAGACCUCCAGGAACUGCUGAACGAAAAGGUCAAGCUACAAAGCCAACUCUCUGUAGAAAAUGCCGUUCUUAGAGAGAACUCGGAGAAACAGAACCGACAAUUGUCCAGGCUGGACAUGCACAACGAGGAACUCAAGUACAAGCUACGAGAAUCGUCCAAUCAGUCCUUUACCUACGAACGCGCCUCUACAAAGCAGCACACCACUCCCCCCAAGCGUUUUUCUGUGGCAGAUCCGACAGCAAUGUCCCGCUCGUGGCACUCUGAACGCACUCGCGUCUCUGGAGCAGCCACCCGCAAGACGUCGUCCUUCCGCUCGCACCAGCGCUCACAGACACUUCCGCACAACGGUGAGAGAGCAGCCACGCAGCCAGACAACCGCAGAGUUCGUCGCAGCAUGUCGGACUCUGUCCCCACUGAUGAUGCUGUUCGGACCCGCCUGUUCAGCACGGACGAGGAGGACGACGGAAAUUACGCGAUUCAACGCCAGCAGUGCUCGCACGACCAGUUGCUCCGACUCACUUGGGUCUGCUCGCCGGAAGACAGUGACAACUCCAAAGUGCCGAAUCACUGCAAGAGGUCACCAAACGCUCCGACGAGCAGCUCUUCCGAAAGCGGUGGAUCUCUGCCGGAUCAGGCGUAUCACGACGGGUUUUCGGACGGAAGUUCGUCCGUCGACGGAGCGGAGACGACGCUGCACGCCUCUCCCACUUUAAGCGAGGCCUCACCGCGGAACCUGGCUGGAGAAGCGAUGAUGAUCGACGAGGCUGUGACCAGCAACGCGUCCGCGGUGACGGAAAAUGAUUUGACGUAACGACAUGUUGACUCGGGGAAAGGUGCAGCUUUUUUUAAAAUUGCGUGCUGCUUCUACUUAAGUUGAGAGUCCCGCGGUGACGUUAUUGGCCCGUCUGCAAUUUCCUGUCCACGAAGACUGCCUCAAGUCCCAGCUGUGAUGUUCAUAUAGCUCCUAGUCACACUAUACAUGUAAAGAGGGCGCCACGUUCAUAUGAUAUUUGUGAAACUAUGCCACGUAAGCUUGGGACCAUUCCUUGUAUUUGUCGAGCUGCAGUGGCUUUCUGUGUUCAGUGUUAUAGAGCACAUACAUACAGUGUCCUGCCAAUUUUAUGACUGCAUCUGUGGAAAGUCAACGCUGCUUAUUGUGAUCAGUUUGUGUUGAGCAGUUGCGCUGAAUCAUUUAAUCGUGUGUGGUUGUGAACGCGCGUGUUUUGAGGUGAUGGUGGUUCGAGAACAGAAGGUCCGAGCCACGGCGUUGGACCACGUGCGAUAUUUCCACGACUGAAUUUCAUGUUUCUUCUUUUUAAAAAAAUGUUGCUGUUGUAAUGGCUUGCGAGCUGUUGUGUUCAUAGCGUUUGCCUGAAGUUGCUGGCUAAAACUUAGAUUGAUUGUUUUUAGCACCUAAACUUUUGCGUAGUUAUAUUUUUAAAUAAACAUGAAACAAACGGUU